GAACCUCCAUCGCAAACGAAAUACAAUGUGAACACUCUAGCAUUCAAUAAUCGAGACUCUUUAUUUCAUUCUAUUGACCUUUUUUCUCGUGAGGGUUGGUCUCCGUCGGGCCCCUAAGCCAACUGUCCCUAGGGUCUACCCUGAUGGCACGGCAACCAUCAGCGUUCCCCACUCUGGCCCCUACACCAUCCUCCAUACUCGCUACCACCGCGCCAAUCGUCCUGGAUGGUGUCUCCAGGCCCAAAUCCAAUGAACCAGUCUUCUGUGUCCGGCCAGCAGCCAUAUCUCAUGCCCUCCAGUCCCGCCGCCACCCGUCGGAGCAGUGCGGACGACCGCCCGAGCAUUAAAAAGGCCCAGGGCCAUGUCCCCGCAUGCUUGGUCAAUGCUUCCGUGACGUAUGUUGGAAACGAUCAGAUCUACGCCUUUGGAGGAUUUGAUCAAUACACCGACGAAGUGUACAACCACGUUCUGAAGCUGGACCUACAGACCCUUCAUUGGGAAUUGGUGGAUAACUAUGGGGAUAUUCCCGGAGUUCGCAUGGGUCACACUGCGACCCUCUACCAAGGUGACAAAUUGAUUGUAUUUGGAGGAGAAAACGAACAUCGCGAAUAUCUGUCCGACGUCGUCAUCUUUGAUAUCCCCACCUCCACUUGGUCACAACCAGAGAUUCGAGGUCCGAUCCCACGAGGAAGAAAUCGUCAUGCUGCCGUGAUUUACGAGGAUAAUCUGUUUAUCAUUGGUGGAGUGACGGGAGAGCACAGUGUCAUUCUCGACAGUCUGACUUACCUGGAUUUGAAGACCUGGACCUGGUCUCGGACCUGGAACUUCACUCCCCGCUUCGAUCAUACGGCAUGGGUCUGGGGUGGUCGUCUCUGGAUUUUUGGAGGACUUGGUCCGGACAUGGAGCGGACAACCGAUAUCUGGUGGCUUGAUCUCAAAAACUCUCCAUCUCUUGGAAUUGCGGCAUCACAAGGCUCGACUUUAAGUAGUAGUCCGUCGCAGCAGCUUCCCGGCCGGUCCGGUAGCUACGCACCAAACUCAGGCAGUGUCCAAGUUCGCAAUUUAAACCGGCGGAAGCCCGCUACUCCAGGCGCCGUAUCUUCCCUUCGGUUUCAGUCAGGACCUCACGUUCCUGCACUGUUUUCGGGGACCCAUUUCCAGGGGUAUGCCUCGGGCGUGCUGCUCGAUCUGAUAACUCCAUCUGAGACUGUGCGAACGUAUGAAUGCAAUUUAUCUUUGUUAGAACUCGAUACCUUGCGCUGGCAAAGGUUGGCAGACGGACAUGAAAUCUUCAAACCCGGUUAUCGAUGGCAUUACUGCACCGUCAAUGCAGACGGCACAAGAGUUUGGUUGCUUGGAUGUGAUCUGAACUCCGGAGCUGGACAGGGGGGCAGUGAUGAGAAUCACAUGAGUGAAAUCCUUUGCAUUGACUUGGAGAGAUACGGGCUGCUGGGAAAUGAGAUGGGGGCAAUUUCACCGGAUCAACGAAAGACACUGGCUUCUGGAUCCGGGCCCACGUCCCUUUCGGGCCUAGGGGCAGACUUAGCUGCUGUCUUCGAUCAAGCUCCAGAAUCUGGCAGUGGCGCUGACUUUAUCAUUACCGCCAACCGCGAUGAUGAUGGAGACCCAGAUGCCAUGGUAGAUGCCUCGUCCUCGUCACAGUCCGAGACUACUUUCUUAUCACCGAAUGCGGAUACGUCGCCUCCAAUUCAUGUUCAUCGCAUUAUCCUGCAACUGAGGUGGCCCCAUUUCAAGCGGCUCUACUCCUCCAGAAUGGCAGAAUAUCACGCAAACAGGAUGCAUAUCCCUGAGCCCUACUCGGUCGUCCGAGCAUUUCUGUACUACCUUUACACAGAUAGCAUAUCCGGUCAUCCAGAGUAUUGCUCCGAUAUAAUCGAUGCAGCAGGGAUGCUCGUAAUGGCAAAUCUCUACGACAUGCCCAAACUCCGCCUUUUGUGCGUAAAUCGACUAAGUCGCGAACUUGAUGUCGAGAACGCAGCCAUCGUCUGGGAACGAGCGGGUCGAACAAACGAAGAAUGGCUGAUGCGCCGUGCUGCGCAAUUCUGUCUCGCGCAUUGGGGCCGCAUCGUGCGGACAGACGGCUUCAAAUCUCUAAACAAACAGAGCAUGAUCGAGCUGUGUGAAGUAGCUGAUACUGAGGGACGAAUUAUCACAGGAUCCGAACUGGAAAUGGUGGGUGUCUUGGGGGCGGAUGGGCUUGGUUUGAAUCGGGAUCUGAAGCGGCAGCAGCUGGCGCUUGGUAAUGCUGGUAUAGAUGAUGAUGAUUACGAUGGAGAGGAUCUUGAGGGGAUGGAGAUUUCGUGAUGAAGCACGUGGGUAAUGGGUGCAUUUCGGCGUUGAGGCUUAACGGGGCGGAUGACCUAGUUGUUUUGGGGAAUUUUGGUGCAUCGGUACGGGCUUAUUUAAACAGUUCGAAGAGUUCCCAUGAAAUCGUAAUGAUUAGAUGCCUACUAUUCGGAUGCCACGCUACGAAGUAACAAGGACUAUCAAAGAAUGCAAGGUGCAAAUGCAAUCACUUCCUGCUUGAAUAACCAAAAAUCAAAACAAAAUAAGGAGAUAUCAUCUUCUUUAUCCUCGCU